GGCAAACUCUAGUGGCCGUAGCCGUAGCCCGCCAGUAGGGCUGUCUGCUGCUGCUGUGGACUUUGAUAGCAGCGCCCCCUAUAUAAAGCCGGCACUCGGUGGUGAAGGAGCGCAUUAGCACCGGCACCCCGGCAAGGAAUAGUUCGAUACCAAGGGAUCCCCUCCGUCGAAUCCUCUUUUUUACUUUUACGUUUCGCUCGUCUCAAGAAAACUACCCUAAAACAAAAUGUGCGACGAUGAAGUAGCAGCGUUGGUUGUUGACAACGGAUCCGGUAUGUGCAAGGCUGGAUUCGCCGGAGAUGACGCCCCUCGCGCCGUCUUCCCAUCCAUUGUCGGCCGCCCCCGUUACCAGGGCAUCAUGGUCGGUAUGGGUCAGAAGGACUCGUACGUCGGUGACGAGGCUCAAUCCAAACGUGGUAUCUUGACCGUCAAGUACCCGAUCGAGCACGGCAUCGUCACCAACUGGGAUGACAUGGAAAAGAUCUGGCACCACACCUUCUACAAUGAGUUGCGUGUCGCCCCAGAGGAACACCCCGUCCUCCUCACUGAAGCUCCCCUCAACCCCAAGGCUAACCGUGAGAAGAUGACCCAGAUCAUGUUCGAGACUUUCAACACACCCGCCAUGUACGUUGCCAUCCAAGCCGUGCUCUCCCUGUACGCUUCCGGUCGUACCACCGGUAUCGUGCUGGAUUCCGGUGAUGGUGUCUCCCACACCGUCCCCAUUUACGAAGGUUACGCCCUUCCUCACGCUAUCCUGCGUCUGGAUCUCGCUGGCCGUGAUCUGACCGAUUACUUGAUGAAGAUCCUGACUGAACGCGGUUACUCGUUCACCACCACCGCCGAGCGUGAAAUCGUUCGCGACAUCAAGGAGAAGCUCUGCUACGUCGCCCUCGACUUUGAACAGGAGAUGGCCACCGCCGCCUCCUCCACCUCGCUGGAAAAGUCGUACGAGCUUCCCGACGGUCAGGUCAUCACCAUCGGCAAUGAGCGAUUCCGUUGCCCCGAGGCUCUCUUCCAGCCCAGCUUCUUGGGUAUGGAGUCUUGCGGCAUCCACGAGACCACCUACAACUCGAUCAUGAAGUGCGACGUCGACAUCCGUAAGGAUCUGUACGCCAACACUGUCCUGUCUGGAGGUACCACCAUGUACCCAGGCAUUGCUGACCGCAUGCAGAAGGAAAUCACCGCCUUGGCUCCAUCCACCAUGAAGAUCAAGAUCAUUGCUCCCCCCGAGCGCAAGUAUUCCGUCUGGAUCGGUGGCUCCAUCUUGGCCUCUCUGUCCACCUUCCAACAGAUGUGGAUUUCCAAACAAGAGUACGACGAGUCCGGACCUUCCAUCGUCCACAGGAAAUGCUUUUAAACAAUUCCACAAGCACAAGAAAACGAGCAA